GAGGGGCGGCGGGGCCGGACUGGGACGGACUGGGACAUACUGGGGGAUACUGGGGCAAUCCGGGCUUGUACUGGGACAGUCUGGGACAUACUGGGGUAGUCUGGGCUUGGACUGGGACAGUCUGGGCUUCUACUGGGCCGGACUGGGGGAUACUGGGACAGUCCAGGUGAUACCGGGACAGUCCGGGCUUGUACUGGGAUAGUCUGGGCUGUACUGGGAUAGUCUGGGCUGUACUGGGCCGGACUGGGACAUACUGGGGGAUACUGGGAUAGUCUGGGCUUGGAUUGGGAUAGUCUGGGCUGUACUGGGCCGGACUGGGGGAUACUGGGACAGUCUGGGACAUACUGGGACAGUCAGGGCUUGGACUGGGACAGUCCAGCUGAUACUGGGCUGGACUGGGACAGUCUAGGCUUAUACUGAGCUGGACUGGGAUGGACUGGGGGAUACUGGGACAGUUUGGAUGAUACUGGGCUGUACUGGGUUAUAGUGGGCUGUACUGGGUUAUACUGGGCUGUACUGGGUUAUACUGGGCCAUACUGGGUUAUACUGGGCCGUACUGGGCUGUACUGGGUUAUACUGGGCCAUACUGGGUUAUACUGGGCCAUACUGGGCCAUACUGGGCCGUACUGGCGCCUCGGGCCGUGGAUCCGUGCCCUCAUGGAGCGCUUCGUGGCGGGGAGCCGGGCGGCCCUGCAGGCAAGCAAAAGAGGGUGAAACACCAUGUUUUGGGGUGACACCCUGCCCCAAAUUCUAGAAUAAAUGGGGUAAAGCACUCAGGGCUGCGGGGCUGGGGUGGUCCCUGGCCUCACCUGGUGGCUCAGGAUCACACCCAGCAGCAGCAGGAGAUCCACGUGGUGAUGGGCAACGAGGCCUGUGACCUGGACUCCACCGUCUCCGCGCUGGCCCUGGCCUAUUUCCUCGCCCAGACCACCCCGGCUCCCAAAGCCGCCUUCGUGCCGGUGCUGAACAUCCCCCGCGCCGACUUCGCGCUGCGGACGGAGACGACGUUCCUGCUGCGGGAUCGGGGCAUCCCGGCCGCCUCGCUGCUUUUUCGGGACGAGAUCGACCUGGGGGGGCUGCACCGGGCCGGGCUGCUCUCCCUGACGCUGGUCGAUCACCACGUCCUGCCCGGUGCUGACGCUGCCCUGGAAGAGGCCGUGGUGGAGGUCCUGGACCACCGGCCGCUGGAGCGGGACCGUGGUCCCCCGUGCCGGGUGACCGUGGAGCCCGUGGGCUCCUGCGCCACGCUGGUGACCGAGCGGAUCCUGCAGGGCCCCCCGGGCGUGCUGGACAGAACCACGGCCGCGCUGCUGCACGGCACCAUCCUGCUGGACUGCAUCAACCUGAGCCCGGCCGCGGGCAAGGUGACGCCCAGGGACGUGGCCUGCGUGUCCCUGCUCGAGGAGAGGUUCCCGGAGCUGCCGGCUCGCGACGCCGUGUUCGGGGCCCUGCAGGCGGCCAAGUUUGAUGUCACAGGGCUGACGACAGAGCAGAUGCUGCGGAAGGACCUCAAAGUCCUCUCCAACGACGAGGCCGUCGUCGCCGUCAGCGGCGUCUUCGAGGACCUGGAAACGUUCCUGCUCCGGCCUGGCUUGCUGCAGGAGCUGGAGGCUUUCUGCCAGGCCCGUGGCUACGCGGGGUUGGUGGCCAUGACCGUGUCCUUCAACGAGCGCCACGAGCCCACGCGGAAACUCGCCGUCUACAGCGCGCAGGAUGCCCUGCGCAGCACGCUGUGCCGGGCGCUGGAGGAGGCGACGUCGCCGGCGCUGCUGCUGCGGCCGCUGCCGAGCCCCUGGCCCCGCGUGGCCGCCUACGCCCAGGGCAACGCCGUGGCCGCUCGUAAGAAGGUGCUGCCCAUCCUGCGGGCAGCGCUGGGGGGCCUGGGGGCUGCCGGGGGUCCCGAGGAGGAGGUGGUGCCCCCGCCCACCCCCAUGAACAGCCUGGUGGAGGAGUGUCCCCUGGCGCAGGCCGUGCCCCCGCUGUGUCCCCAGGAUGUCCUGGAGCGGGUCAGCCGCAUCGCCGUGGGGCAGCCCCCCGGCUCCCCGAAAUAGCAGCGGGCACCCCGGUGGUUUUUUGAGGUGUGGAUGAGAAGUUGGGGUCCCUGAGUGUGGCCCCGUGGGGUGCCUGGGUGUGGGGGGGGGUUGCAGCUGCCUGUGCUAGAGCUCAGCUCCUGGUCCUCGUCGUGGUUUGUCCCCCCCAGUGGCUCCCUCCGCCCCAGUGGUCCCCAGGGUGGGUUUUUGGGGGUGCCCUGGGCAGGAGAUGCACCCCCUGAAUGAAGGCGUUGGGGUGGGGGAGUUAAGGAGUUCUUGAUGCUCUUCCUUCCUUGGGGGGCAGAGGGGGGCCCAGAGGGUGGGUCCGGACAUGCAGCCGUCCAGAGCUGUCACCGUUUUCCAAGGAUUAAAUCUCCCUUUUCUUCCA